CUGACACUGAGCAUUCACAAGUCGUGCGGAACGCCUGAAAUACUAGCCCUCCAUAGGUACUGUACAUCUUUUAUCACAACCUUUGCAUGUUAAGGAGAUACAUACAGACAAGAAUCCGAUUUAUGAUGCGGUAAUGCAUCCCCGCAAUCCAUAUCGAACGGCGCCCGACUUCGCGUCCCUUACGGACGUGUAUCCUGCGUUGAAGCCGCAUCUCCUCACUACACCGAGCGGCGUGUCGAUCGACUUCCAAAACGAGACUUCACAACGACGACUCACAGAGGCCCUGUUACAGCGAGAUUUCAAUUUGUCAAUAAACCUACCAGAGGACCGGUUAUGUCCUCCGGUGCCAAAUCGGCUGAACUAUGUCUUGUGGAUUCAAGACAUAGUCCAUGCCACGUAUCUCACUGAACCUUCGAAUCCUCUCAGAACCAUCACAGGCGUCGAUAUAGGAACGGGGGCUUCGGCAAUCUAUCCUCUUCUUGGAUGUCAAUCUAACGUUCAUUGGAGGUUUGUUGCUACGGACAUCGAUGGGAAGUCACUUCACUACGCUCAGCUCAAUAUACAUGGCAACAAUCUCCAGAGCCGGAUGAAGCUCGUGAAGUCCGAACCGGGCGGGCCUAUCCUUCGUCAUGUCCUCACCACUACCCUCCAGUCCCCAAGCCUGUCAACCACAGAGAUGUCCUUCGACUUCACGAUGUGCAAUCCACCAUUUUACAGCAGCAAAGACGACGUACAACGUUCCGCCGAAGCCAAGGAGUACCAACCCAAUGCAGUGUGUACAGGCGCAGAUGUAGAGAUGAUCACCCCCGGUGGAGAAGCAGCCUUCGUCUGCAAGAUGGUCUCAGAAAGCCUUGAGCUUCGGACUCGUUGCCGCUGGUACACGUCCAUGCUAGGCAAGCUCUCAUCGCUCACAGAAGUCGUCAACGUGCUACACGGGAACAAGAUCGACAAUUACGCCGUCACAGAGUUCGUGCAGGGGCAGACACGGCGGUGGGCUAUCGCCUGGUCAUUUGGCGAUGUGCACCUCCCAGACUCGAUCGCGCGGAUAUCCAGUCCGUCGGUCCAUUCGCUCAUGCCUGCACACAACACCGUACAACAAACAUAUCCACAGUCAACAUCAUCACUAGAUCACCUCUCAUCCGUCGUCGCAUCCAUCUUAUCCUCCGUCGAAAGCGUCUCGACACGGCCACUGAUCCCACGCGAUGAUGAAACCGCAUCAUCAGCGCUGACAGGCGCAGACGUGCUAGUGACGGCAGCACGCGAUACGUGGUCCAGGGCGGCACGAAGACGCAAGAUGCGUGAGGCCGUAAUGCAAGUGGACGAGGAACUGAGUGUAGCCCUCGUAUGUCGGGUCGCCUGCGCCGCCCUAGAAGAAGACGACCCCGCUGCCAGAGCGAGGGGCGUGGCUGAAUCCCUGGUGUUGCAGUGUCAUUGGGUAAAAGGCAGCGACAGAGGCUUGUUCGAGAGCUUCGCAAGUCAUUUAAGUCGAAAAGUGUCCGCCGCAUUGUAGAAUACAUCGGAUAGACCCAAGUGCCA